AUGUCAGACUCCGGCAAGAAAGAUAAGGCCCCUGAGCGCCCAGAGGGGGGUGACGGUGCCAACAAGGGUAAAGCCAAGUCCGACAAGAAGAAGAUCCCCUCCAACAUGAUCGAGCCAAUCCUUGAAAUGAACCCCGCGCUGAAGGCCGAGCUUGCCUCCAUGCCCCAGGAAGAUGCGGCCAAGAUGCUCUCCAACAUGGAUGUCUCUGAGCUGCUCACCGGGCUCUCACUCACUGGAAAGAAUCAGAAAGAUAUGGCUUCACACAAGUUCUGGCAGACACAGCCUGUGCCUCACUUCAAUGAUAAUACAAGCAAGCGCACUGCUACACAGGGUCCUAUCAAGAUCAUCAAGCCCGAGGAUGUGCAGCAGCAACCCGACCCUUUGAUCGAAGGUUUCGAAUGGUGCACCCUGGACCUGACCGACGAGACCGAGCUGCGCGAACUCUACGAGCUACUGAACAACCACUACGUGGAAGAUGACAACGCCAUGUUCCGAUUUGCCUACUCGCAGUCAUUCUUGCAUUGGGCCUUGAUGUCCCCCGGUUGGAGAAAGGACUGGCACGUGGGCGUCCGGGCUACCAAGUCACGCAAGCUGGUCGCCUCGAUCUGUGGUGUUCCAACCGACAUUCGCGUGCGUGGCGAGCGCAUCCGCGUAACAGAAAUCAAUUUCCUCUGCAUCCAUAAGAAGCUGCGCUCGAAGCGCCUGACGCCUGUUCUGAUCAAGGAGAUCACCCGACGCUGUUACCAGCAUGGCAUCUACCAAGCGAUCUACACGGCCGGCAUCAUCCUGCCUACACCCGUCAGCUCGUGCCGGUACUACCACCGCGCGCUGAACUGGAUGAAGCUGUAUGAUGUAGGCUUCUCGCCUCUGCCGCAUGGCUCGACCAAGGCGCGCCAGGUCGCAAAGAACCAGCUGCCGAAUAGCACUGCGACACCGGGCUUGCGGCCUAUGGAGUCGAAAGAUAUCGAUGCGGUGCAUGACCUGCUGGAGCGGUUCAGUCUGCGCUACGAUAUGAACCAGGCGUUCACUCGCGAAGAAAUCGACCACUGGCUUGUGUACAAGGAGGAGAAGGGUAAGGAUCAAGUUGUGUGGGCUUAUGUUGUGGAGGAUCCGCAGACGCACAAGAUUACGGACUUUUUCUCAUUCUACAACCUCGAGUCUACUGUUCUGGGCCACGCUCAGCACAGCCUUGUCCGCGCUGCCUAUCUUUACUACUAUGCUAGCGAGACUGCAUUCACGGAUAACACCAAGGGCUUGCAGGACCGUCUGCUGCUAUUGAUGAACGAUGCGCUUAUCUGUGCUAAGAAGGCCAACUUCGACGUGUUCAACGCACUCACCUCUCACGAUAACCCGCUCUUCCUCGAGCAACUAAAGUUUGGUGCUGGGGAUGGCCAGCUUCACUUCUAUCUCUACAACUACCGCACAGCUCCUGUGCCCGGCGGUAUCAACGAUAAGAACCAGAUCGAUACCAAGCAGACCCGUGGCAUGGGUAUUGUUAUGCUUUAG